AAGAAGCAUAAUACUCUGAAGGGUUUUUGAAAGAGAAGCUUUUGAAAAAGAAAACAAAAUUCGGAAAAUAUUCACGGGAUUGUCAGUGGGUAAUUGGGUAUCUUUCAUUUUGAGUACACGUUGCUCCAGAAAGUUGAGAUUUUUAGUGAGAGAGAGAGAGAGAGAGAGUAGAAAUAGAUAGAGAGUGAAGCGGUGGUGGUGGUGCCUUUUGUCGUUGUAGUUUUGCCAAGUUUAGUCAGAAGACAAAGUGGGAGUAAAUUCGGCGCUUUUUUUGAAUUUAAGAUUUUAAGGAGGCGGUGUGAAGUGAAGUGGUGGGGACAUCUGGCUUGUAUCUUCAGAUUCUAGAAAGAGAGAAAGAGCAAAAAUAUGGGGAGAGCUACAAGAUGGUUGAAGGGCUUGUUGGGGAUGAAGAAAGAGAAAGACCAUGUUGGCAAUACAAGCACUACGUCUGGUGAUCGGAAGGAGAAGAAACGGUGGAGUUUUGCCAAGUCGGGGAAAGACACAGGUAGUACAAUUGAUCAUGUGACAAACAAUCUUCCACCAAAUGUUCCUGUCCCCGACUCUGCUUGGCUCAGAUCCUAUCUUGCUGAGUCAGACAAGGAGCAGAACAAGCACGCAAUUGCGGUGGCUGCUGCCACCGCAGCUGCUGCUGAUGCCGCUGUGGCCGCGGCUCAGGCGGCCGUGGCGGUUGUGAGGCUGACAAGUCAAGGCGGUGGACUCAUGUUUGGAAAAAAAGAGAGAUGGGCUGCAAUGAAGAUUCAAACUGUUUUCAGAGGCUAUCUGGCACGAAAGGCACACCGAGCUCUUAGAGGACUGGUUAAGUUACAGGCUCUUGUUAGAGGCUAUCUUGUUCGGAAACGGGCUGCUGCUACUCUUCACAGUAUGCAAGCUCUUUUUAGAGCACAGACAACUGUCCGAUUCCAGCGGGCACGGCGUUCUUUCAAUAAAGAGAACAGGUUUCUACCUGAAAUCAAAGCCCGGAAGUCCGUUCAGGAAAGAUUUGACGAUGCAAGAAGUGAAUUUUAUAGCAGGAGGCUAUCUGCAACUUAUGAAACUUCCAUUAAUGGCUUUGAUGAAAGCCCAAAAAUUGUGGAAAUUGACACAUUCAAAACCAGAUCCAGGUCUCGUAGAUUCAACACCAUACUAUCUGAAUGUAGUGAAGACCUGCCUUACCAAACAAUCUCAUCACCACUUCCCUGUCCAUUUCCAACCCGUAUUUCUAUACCUGAUAGACAGAAGCCUCAAGAUUUUGAAUGGUGCUUUAAUGGUGACGAAUGCAAGUUCUCUACUGCCCACAACACUCCGCGGUUCACAAACUCUUUUCGAUCCAAUGCUCCCAGUACACCAGCCAAGAGUGUUUGUGGAGACAGCUUCUUUCAGCCUUACUCAAACUUCCCAAACUACAUGUCAAGCACUCAAUCAUUCAACGCAAAGUCAAGGUCCCACAGUGCCCCUAAGCAAAGGCCGGAACCAGGGCCGAAGAAGAGGCUUUCGCUUAAUGAAAUGAUGGCAGCAAGAAACAGCAUAAGCGGAGUUCGAAUGCAUCGAUCGUGUAAUCAAGUCCAAGAAGAAGAAGAGGAAGAAGUCUUGAAUUAUUGAGCAAGCUGCAAUUAGAAAGGUCCUCUGUCUUUGGUUAAAAUCAGGGAGGGCUUUGCAUAGAAGAUGGUAAAAAAAAACAGAUUGGAGAGAAGAACUUCUCUGUGCCUUAUUUUCCCCACUUUAGUAUUAACAAUGAAUAGGGUAGAACACAGAGUGCUUGUGUAAAUUCUUUUUUUUUUUUCCUUCCAUUUUCCUUUUUCUCAACAGUUUCUUUCAAAUUGUGUCUUAUGAUCUAAUGAGUAAAUGAGAUGAAAGGAGCUUCUACAUGUUAAUUUUCUGAGAAUCACAA